GGGAAGUCAGCGCGCUGUGUGGCUUCCCGUAGUCGCUGAGACGAGUUAAGGUCUGGGGGUCUUGUGCGGCCAAGGGCGCUGAUCAGUAAAUUCCUGGCUUGGUCGCCCCUCAUUUCUCGCCUGACGAUGGCGAUGUACACUUGCAUCACCUGCCGUGUGGCGUUUCACGACGCGGAGGUGCAACGGGCCCACUACAAGACGGACUGGCACCGCUACAACUUGAGGCGAAAAGUGGCCAGCAUGGCCCCUGUCACCGCCGAAGGCUUCCAGGAGCGAGUGCGGGCGCAGCGGGCGGUGGCGGAGCAGGAGAGCAAGGGCACGGCCACCUACUGCACCGUCUGCAGUAAGAAGUUUGCGACUUUCAAUGCCUACGACAACCACCUGAAGUCCCGGCGGCACGUGGAGCUGGAGAAGAAGGCCGUGCGGGCCGUGAAUCGGAAGGUGGAGAUGAUGAAUGAGAAGAACUUGGAGAAAGGGCUGGGCGGGGACAGUGUGGACAAGGAUGCCAUGAACACGGCCAUCCAGCAGGCCAUCAAGGCUCAGCCGUCCACGUCUCCCAAGAAGUCGCCCCUCGUGCCUACAGAGGAGUCCAGGGCUUCCGUGGCCGAGGCUGCUGGUGGACGCGUGAGUCACGACCGAGAGCCCACCGAGAAACCGCCCCGGCUCCAGUGGUUUGAACAGCAGGCGAGGAAGCUGGCAAAGCAGCAGGAGGAGGAGAGUGAGGAUGAAGAGGACCUGGACGGAGACGAUUGGGAAGAUAUUGAUUCUGAUCAAGAAUUGGAAUGUGAGGAUACUGAAGCAAUGGAUGAUGCAGAGGACGAAGAAGCUGAGGAAAGCCCACCCUUUGGUGCCAUCCCUAUAACAGACUGCUUAUUUUGUUCCCAUCAUUCAAGUUCCCUCAUGAAGAAUGUGUCUCAUAUGACUAAAAUCCACAGCUUCUUUAUUCCUGAUAUAGAAUAUCUUUCAGAUCUCAGGGGACUGAUUAAAUAUUUGGGAGAGAAAGUUGGUGUUGGGAAGAUUUGCCUGUGGUGCAAUGAGAAAGGGAAGUCCUUCUACUCCACAGAAGCUGUACAGGCACAUAUGAAUGACAAAAGCCACUGUAAGCUUUUCACAGAUGGUGAUGCUGCUUUGGAAUUUGCAGACUUCUAUGAUUUUAGGAGUAGCUACCCAGGUCACAAGGAAGGGGAGGACCCUGAUGAGGCUGAGGAGCUGCCUUCAGAAAAGAACUUGGAAUAUGAUGAUGAAACCAUGGAGCUGAUUCUGCCUUCUGGUGCCAGAGUGGGUCAUCGCUCCUUGAUGAGAUACUACAAACAGCGAUUUGGCUUGUCAAGAGCUGUGGCAGUUGCUAAAAAUCGGAAGGCUGUGGGCCGGGUACUUCAACAGUACAGAGCCCUUGGAUGGACUGGCAGCACUGGAGCGGCUCUUAUGCGAGAGCGGGACAUGCAGUAUGUCCAGAGGAUGAAAUCAAAAUGGAUGCUGAAGACAGGAAUGAAGAAUAAUGCCACCAAGCAGAUGCACUUUAGGGCCCAAGUGAGAUUUUGAGCAUCUCCUGGGACUGAGAGAUGCAUCUGCUGCCGUUUCCUCUUUGACUCAGGACUGGUAGAAUCUGGAUUGUACAAUUGUGUGAUAGACCAUUUUGCUGCUGCUUCCUUUGUUCUGGUCCAGUAAUAAAAGUUAGAAUCAUA